AUGGAUCCGUUGCUGGUGCAGUCGUGUGUGGUAGUCGAAGCGUUGAAGUGCAUCCGUAUCAGAUUGUUAUGUGUCCAAGAAAACCCAGCAAAUAGGCCUAUUAUAUCAUCUGUAGCUAUGAUGCUAAAAAGCGAUACUGUGACACUUCCUCAACCAACUCUGCCUGCAUUCUCCGUUGGAAGACUAGCAUUGAAGUUAGAUCAGUCCUCACCAAAUGAGAUUUACUUCGAUUCAUCUGGGAGUAACCAUGAACCUAAGAACUUCCUUGUUCCUAUUCCGAAAAUGCAUUUUGAGAAAUUGAGGGUGAACUUCUUAGGAGGUUCCAAAGCUUUAAUGUCCAAAGAGAAGGGAGAGGAAACGUGCCGAUCUAGUGCUUGGUACAAAGAUCAUGAGGACGAAGAGGAUACUCCGUCUACUGGCUAA